GUUCCUUCUCAAAAAAAUGCGGAAAAACUGAACAAGAGAGUAUUCGAGUAAAUACGUUAAUGAUUGUUUUCAUAAGUGUUUGAUGUAAGCAGCCAUCCCGGCUGCUUUCCCUGAGGCAGUUUAAUUACUGUAUUUGUGAUAGCUAGGCAUAAGCCGUGUCGAUUCUCGCUACAGAGAUAUAACACCGUACGGCCGGGUAACAGCGCAAAUGAUCGAUUCUUGAUGUUGUCUAUGGCAAACACCUAAGGUAUGUGCGAUUGCAGACGACUAGUUAACAAUAUCAGGUCUUCGUUUCAAUUUUUGAAGAUCAUAACACGGCAGAGUUGCAUGGUGACAGUCACGAUCGCGAUAAUGAACAGAUUGAUUUUAUAACUUGUUGUAUUCCAUAAUUGCAACGAUAUUGGUUACUGAAAAGCUUAAGUCCUGGCAGUACGUAACCACUGGCUAUCCUCCCUAUCUGAAAAUAACUAAUUUACUACCAUAAUUGCCCACUUAAUGUCCAUCUGGUGAAUAUUAUAUUGAUUCCGAAAGGAACAUUGAGGGUUUUUACUAACUGACUUGUUGUUUAGGGCAAGAGUCUAGAUCUGUACCUGGUAAGUAGAAAUAGUUAUUUAGAGGCUGCUGCGUUGAAACCGUACUUGGGUGCCGCUUAGCUUCAUUCAUCUUUAGUGCAGUAGUCCUACUAUAACCAACUCGAUGGACAAUAUCAAAAGAAAUUCCUUCCCAUUACAAACUUUUUUAGUGUUUGUGUUUGGCGAGGCGGUGAAAAACCCAGUGUUAAACCGGGAUUAAAGAAGCACCAGGUUAGAAUUCAGAGACGGUCUGUUCAUGAGAGUUAAAUACAGAUGAAACGGAAAACGUUUAUUCAUUCUCUUGCUUGAGGUUCCAGUUAUUUCAAAUUCUAUCAUUUGAUGCCAUUUUUUCUUUUACGCUUCAGUUCUGACGACUUUUUUUUUAACCAGCUCUCAAAUUUGAAUACGACUGAGCCGGAAAACUAUUCCAAGCCACCGAAGGCCAAUUGCGGCACUCCUCAACAAACGUCGGAUGCAAAACUUUACAAACAACCACCCUACUGCUUUAUAGACUGCGAUUUUUUUAGAUUUAUAUGUGUGACUAUUGAACCUCUGUAGUGUUGAUGUUAAAUCUUAAUGUUUAGUUAAAACCGCGGUGGUCGAGAGACUAAAUUAUGGUGCCGAAAACAUGCAUACCGAUGUUGGUGACCGAGCGGUAAACAUUGUCAAACUUCAUAGAAUAUUCCAGCCUUGUGUCGCGUUGUUUUAUUUAUAGAGCAGAAAUUUAACUCUGGUUUGUCUCUCUUCACCCAGAAGUAAUAAAAAAGUUGCCAACGACAUACUGAGAGUACUUAACAUUCUCUGAAGUUUACUAAGAGGUGAAAUAAACAAACCAGAGUUAUAACGUUUAAAGUUGAGAAAACAGGUUCAAUGCAGUGGCGGAACCAGGGGUGGGGCCCGCAGGGCCAAGCCCCCCCCUUAUUUUUAGACAAAACUGAGGCCCCAAGGGCCGAAAAAAAUUUUCUGGAUGACCCCCCCCAAAAAACGCGCGAGACACGAAAUGGACCGCCCCCCUCGACCCUCCCCGCGCGUAUCUCCCCUCAAUAGUCUGGACCCGGCACUGCACUGUUAUCUGGACUGUUUUUUUUUUAAAAAAAAAAAAAGUUUAAAGGCAUGUUUAGUGGAAGGUUUUUUCUUAUAGUCUGUCGAGCAAAACGCGCGAAAUAUUUAGAAACAAAUGAUUCAACACAACGCCGCUAAAAAACCCCAACGGCAGAAGCAACGCGCGUGGUUUGAACUCCCCGAGCAAUAGAUGCGAAGGGUCUCGAACCCAGGACCGCCGGAAAGACUGCUCGCCGAGUGUAACUGUUAUCAGUUCGUACUUUGCACUGGAGAUUACUUAUUGUGAGAUUCAUGUUUUGCGUUGCAAAAAUAAACAACUUUGUAAAGAAUAACAACUCCCAACAUUAAUUGUUGGAUGUUACAUGUUGCUUCCGCUUGCACACCCUGUUAGUGUUGCAUGUUGUUGGCAGUUAUUGUCAACACGGACGCAACAAGUCACCUAUUAGGAUUAAACAACUCAAGUAUUAGGAUUAAGUUGAAAAGCUUUGAAAAGGUGGCUUCUUCACUGUUCACUAUACGGUCAUUAGACUCUCCACAUGAAUGUUAUCAGGAUUUUUAUACAGGGGUGCCUCUCCUUCGGAUGCCCCCUCUCUAUACCAACCACCCUGGAACCCGAAUGUUACCACGGUAAGACGUAGUUUAUCAACCUGCUCUGUGAGAUCCAUUGACGAUGCCAUGACUCGGCCGUUUAGACUCAGCAGAGGACAGAAAACUCAGAGGUCCUCAGACAGAAAGACGCAUGAUGGUUUUAAAACUUAUUUAUUUUGAUUCCUUCUUAUUUCCUCAAUUUCAAUUUUAUUACAAUAGUAGUUUAUAACAUUGACCAUCAAAUUAAGUUAAAAAUACAGCUGUCGAGUACAUUCAAAAUAAAAAAAGAAACACUAGGAUAAUAUCUUUAGAGAUUUUUAACCUAUCUAUCAGACUUUGUUGGAUGCCCUUAAAUGGGGCGACUAUUCCGUUUCUUGCCGUUUGGGUAAACGCUGGUAAACCCUAUAUUUAGGGACAUUGCGCGCGUCCAGGCAGCUCGCUUUGCAACUGAAGUACAGUAGAGAAGACAAGACAAGACAAUAUUCUCAGAUCCAGUAUGUGUGGAGACAUCUACGUAACAUUUAUCCCUAUUUGUUCUUGAUGAACUUAACGGAAAAUAGGGGACUGUAAAAAGUCUAUCAAAGAAAAGAAAACAGAAGAAAAACUCAGUUUCUCUACGUCACAGUGACUCAGACAGUCUGAUAUCAUUAACGGGCGCCCCACAAAACCCCGCUUUCCUGUUUUAAAUUCAAAUUCUCCAGUAAAAUAACUCAUCUUGCACACUAAUUAGGAUAAGUGGUUGCGUCUUAGAUUUUGACUUUUUAAUUGUUUUCGCUUGAACUUAACGGAAAACCUCCAUUGAGUGAGUCGAAAAUAUUUUAAUUUUUCCGACGGAAAAGAAGUUACAUUGUAUUUCCUUCCUGACAUUAUUCAGUUUCCUUCCUGGGUAGAAAGUGGUUCAGGACCAACGUCAGGAAAUAAAAAUUAAUGUAGAUGAACGGGAGCUAAAAUAAACUACGCUAAACCGAUUUUAAGAAAAAAUUGACUAUUUUGUAAUCUACCAUCGCUAGAGUUCAAAACAGUCCGAAUUUUUGGGUAUUCAAGUACGCGCGAACAGUCUCGCGCCCAGUGAGACUCUAAGGCUAUUCUUACGUUACACUAAACCAAUUUUGCAGUCUAAAGCGAUGGUAGCAAAACAGAUUCUUUUGACACCUUCCUUGUUUUCUUUACAUUUCACUGUACGAAAACCAAUUUUAUACGACCUUCACGAUAAAAACACGCACUUCUAAACACCAAGCAACUAUAAAAUAAUUUUGUAGGACUUGAAUAUCAAUGGAGAUUCGUCUGCUGGAUAAACAUUGUUUAAAAAUGUCGCUAGUUGGUUUCGUCCACCGUCCAGCGGUUGGGAAGGUCAUUUUAUCUUUGACACCAAAGUACAUAAAGCAGCACAAAUCAAACGUGUCCUACAUUUAUAAAUAAAUAAAGCGCCUUUUGUAUUUGUUUAAUGAUAUUCGUAUGUAGUCGCUGCCCAUAAGCCGUGUCAAGGCUAUUGUUUUCAACAGCUGAAAAUGGCGCCAGCUUUCAAAAUUGUCAGAGAGCAAAGGUCCCCGGUUUCUGGACACUAAACUGAGUAACCGGCUAUUAACGAAGCAAAGAUAGUGGCACAAAGAAGUAAGUGAGAAAAAGUCGCGUAUUUAAAAUGUAAAAAGCUGACUUGAGGUUAGUAAAAAAGGCCUGCUUUUUCUGUAUCACUGGCAACGGAUAAAUUUGACCUGCAAGUGUGCAAUUUGAUGGAUCGUUUACACUUGUGCUGUGGCUCUGCGUUAGUAUAUCUGUGCUAAACAGAGUGAAGGAAUAAUUUAGGUUAAUGUUUAUUCCAACAGAUAGCAUGAAGAAGUAAGACUAAUUUCUGUGUGAGAAUGAUAGUAAGUUAUUAAGUCUCCUGCAUAUUAAUUAAGUAAUUCAGCUGAAUGUAUGAUCGAGUGUGUUCGUAAGUAUCAGUUAUAAACGUGCUGAACUACUUACUUUCUUUUCUUAUUUUACCUAAAAUCUCAUAUUUUUCUGUAACUAUGAUCAUUCUGAUUAUAUCAUAUAAACACAGGAAUUUUUCCACCUAACAAAUUUGCUUGAUGUAAGGCGCGACACAACUAUAGCGCGCUUAGAAAGAAUCCGGAGAAGAACAUUAAAUUUGGUUAGUUGUCACAAAGUCAGAGGUACUAGUCAAUUGAAAAAUUUCGCCCCAUUUUGUGUCCAGUAAAUCCUAGCGUUUUCGCUAAAAGAAUUUUUAAAUGCUCUUUAAUUCCUGUAGUUGUAAUUAAAAACAAAAUUACUUGUGUCGGUUGGGUUAAAAUCUUGCAUGAUAAUGCAUCUAUUGUUCAUUUUUGUGGUUGUCGCAAACCAAAAACCAAAAAAAUGACUCCGCACCAAUUCAACAACGUCUUGAGGUGAAAAAACGAUGAUCAAAGCUUAAGCUUUAGUUUUGGGUUAAAGUAGAAAUUUUAAAUUUUCAGAUUAAACUGAGUCCAAGCGGGAGCCGGCUCCUGGUCCAAGCGAUGAAUCUAGCAUGCAUUAGUCUCCCGCCAAUUUUCUGCAAUAAGCGCGCGCACAUUUUCGGUGUUCAAAAAUUGCCACUUUUUGAUCCCGUUCAGGAGAAUUAUAUUUCAAUAUAUUCUCAGUUAACACUGCCAUUACUGAUUUUAAAAGUUCUAAAUGCUCUGACUGUUCUUUAAGUAAUUUAUGAGACUACAAUAAUAAUUCAAUAUUUAGUUCGAGUUCCAUCGAAAUAAGCAAGCAGCAACAAUAUAAUAAAGCACAAAGCCUGGGUUUCAGAAACAUAAUUUACAUGUCAACGUGUUUUUAAGUUUGUUUUGGUUUACGUUAAAAGCAAUAUAUUAACCAAAUUAUCAUAUGCAACUCAUGAUCGUUAUAUCGAAAGAACAUUUAGCUCAUUUACCUCACGUUAACCUUUUCUUGCCGCAUAACCGAUACAUUAUCUUCGAAACAACUUUUAAAGUAGAACCUGUGGCUACCAUAGGAGUUAUGUUCAUUGCUGUUUAGCAACAAAACUGACCAAAACUGGCGAUAGCUCAUUAUGUAGAAAAUUAGAAGGGCCCGGCGGUAGUGCCUGAUCAGCAGAUAUGUUUGUAUAAAAUUGAUAUACAUCUCGAUUCAUAAGAACACCAAACAAGUUAUUAACUAAUAGCAAUACCUUAAAAAUCACUGAUUAUUUUCCCUUUGUGCUGCUAAAAUAUUGAUAUAAUUAACUGAUACCAAAUAGAACUUCACUUUUAAAACGUAUAGUGCAGUUCAUUAAAUGGCUGAGGUUGUUUUAUAUAUUAUUUCUUCAUGCAGGGUGACCCCAGGGAUUUCAUAUGAAUUACAAAACACUUCGACUUGAAGGAACUGAAGUGUGGAGAAUCAAUUCAGUGGAUUUUGAUCAAGUGCCUUUUGGCGACAAACCACUUCUUUCUGGAAAAGCCUAUAUCAAGUUUUUAAGCAAGAGGAAAGCAUUUAAGGACAUAAUUCGCGAUGUAGGCUGCAAUGAAAGGUAAGUUAAUACAAAAAUAGAUUACUUAGGGUUUUACCUUCGGUAAAUUUGAUUUGGACUAUUGUUAGCAUUCAAUUUUAUUCGAGUGUUAAAGAGCAGUGUGAUUGAACUGAACUGUGUUUGCAAAAGGAUAUCAAAAGCACUGAGAAAAUAUCUAAUCGCUCCUAGACCUAUUCCCAUAUCGGUGAACGGAUUUUCUGAGAUUUAAAGGGACUUUCAUCGUUAAUCCAUAAACUGGUGUACUUUCCUUAACACUCAACGUUUUGUCGCUCAGCAAGAACUCCAGAAGUUCCUCUUAAAAGUACGUUUUCUCCUCAAGGAUUCGCUCUAGAUAAGAUGGUUGCCUUCAUGCAUUUAUCCCAGAUGUGUGUUCUUAAUCGAAAUAUACUGCAGAUUUCUAGCGAAAUCCUUGUUUUUUCUAACAAUUUGCAUCCCUUCAAAAGGAUUAAUAAACAUUCGCCUACAAUGGGGAUUCACUUAGCAUAGCCAGCAUAAAUUAGUGUCAAGAAUCCAUCCUAAACCUCUUUCCAGCGAUUCACUCCUCUUAUGUCUCUCAAACAGUAAAAAAUGGGUAUCGAUAUACAUCUCUGAUUUACCCUUUCACUGACAGAAAUUUUCUUCCAGUAGAGAUUUUUGGUUUUCGUGUAAAGUAUGAAGACUCGCCCGCCAAGAACUUGCGAGACAAAUAAUUUAUGUUAAAUAUGUGCCUUUGACUUGAAAACUUCAGCGCGCUUUGCCCAAAAAUAAUCAUGAGACCGGCGAAAAUUUUCAAAUCUAAGCCUUUACUUGACAUUUUUAACUUUUAAAGACGAUAAAGCGAAUUUAAGUUAAUGUUAGUGCUAUUUUUGUAGAGCUUGAAUCUUCGAACCUAUUGUUUAGAUUCGCUUCACUUGUGAGAAUUAUGCUCAACCACGCAAUUAUGCGCCAUUUUAAGGGAAUGAAAAUCACAAACGACUCAAAGAGAUCUAGAAAAAAAACAAAAUUUUCAUUUUGAUGCAUGUAAAACUUAUCAAAAGCGGCCAGCAUGUUAGAAAACUUCAAAAUAUGGGUUUAAAAUAGGUUAUAAGGAUCUAGCCUAAAACUAAGACCGCGCUCUUUAGGAAUGUUAACCAUAUGCGUCCAAUGAACUGUGUCAACUCGCACAAUGGGUGUGUUCAGUAAAUCGCAACGGGGAUUUAAAUCUCCAGUCUUUGUUUACGCAUAGAUAUUUUGUAUGCAAAAGUGAGAUAGUUACUUUUUUAGCCCAAAUGAAGAAAGUUUUCAUAGUAAGAUGUGAGAUCAAUAGAUUGUUGACAAAACGAGAAUGAAUAUGCGUCAAGUGGUAAUUUGGGGCUGUUGUAAAAGAUAAGUUGAAAAUUAAAAGACAAGUUAAUAAACUGCGCAUUUCCUUUUCAAAGUGGCUUAAACAAAGGAUUUUGGCUUGACAUAUGUUUAACUUCAAAUACGUCAUAUCUAAAACUGAGAAUACACUCCGCCUUCCCCGGAUACUUAACCGCAGAAAACACUGCGACUUUGAAGCAACCCCUAAACAUGAUAAGUGAAUGCGUGUAUCUACAUAUCCACUCCGUAAAUAACCUUUAAGUAGCAAUUCACUGCGUAUUCGCGUAUUUACUUGGCAAAAACCCUUUCGUGUUCAAAGUCAGUAAUGACUGCGUAUCCGAGAUCCAAUUUAAAAUGCACUUAAGGCAGCAUAUGAAGCACUUCACGUAUAUGCCUACUUGCUGUUUUUAGAGUGAUUCGCUGCAUGUUUUUGCACUGUGCUCUCUCUCGUUUAACCAAAUUAAGUCUACUUUGGAGCGUAGAGAAAAGCAAAGGUAUUCAAAGGCAUUUUGUAGUCCAGUUUUAGGCUGCACUCGAUAGUUAAAGGCCCCCAAAAGCCCUAUUACCAUGAAAACGAGUACUAUCAUGUAUAAUGAAGUUUCAGAAGCGUAUUCAGCUGUUUAGAGAAAGGUUGUCGGAAAAAGUGCACGCGACACUCCCGAAAGGUAUUGUGGGUGGUUUUGAGUUCACUGUUCUUCAAAGAAAAUUGAAAAAAUGGCACGAGAGGCCAUGGACAUAUGUUUGAAAGUGCUAAAGGAAAGCAACAAAACUAAGUUCGACAGCUACAGUCGUUAGGAACAGUGUAUUGAUCAUAUCCCAGCAUAUUACCUUUCGGGAUUGUCGCGUGCACAUUUUUCUCCGACAACCUUUCUCGAAAUAGCUGUAAAAGUAUGACUGCGUAUCCGCGUCUUUCUUGGAAAAAACAGGGCAUUCUGUCGUCCUAUAUUUUUCUUUGACUUGUAAGAGUGGCGAAAAUCCUUAAGUUAAUGGCUGUAAUGGCUGAGAAUAUAUUUAUUGAUCAAUAAAAUUGUUUGAAAUUUGUAACGUCGUUUUGUAGGCACGGGGGAAUAUUCUCAGGUACUUAUAGCGCAGGGGACCAUGGUUUCACUCUUACUAGUACCGGUUUCUGGCAUUCUACACGACGUUCUCGAAUUUACGGCUACUGGGUAAUCGGCUUAUUUACCCGCAUCGUAAGUGCUUAUAAAGCAACGAGGGACGCUGACAUCCCACGCAUGUUAUGAAUAGCAAACCCUGAGUUUAAUUUUUCACUUACGUCUCAGCGAUGGAACUCGUCUGUGCGACACAAUGAUAUUGAAAGCUUUUGUUUUAACUCCAGGGGCCAAGUGAUUUUUUCAAAGGUACCGGUGGAUUAUAUUCGCUGUCGAAAGGAUAAAUCUCUUUCCCCUGGAUACUGUCGCAAUUAGUGUCCCUGAUACGUAUCCUCUGGUUAGUCGGUUUAUCCGGUUGAUAGCAGCUUUUGAACGACUGGGGCCUGAUGUAUGACGAUAUUGAGUCAGAGCACUGAAGGAGGGAAAUCUAGAGAAAAGAAUCAACUUCCUCGACUUCCUGUUGUUAUAUUUGAUCGGACGUUACGGUUGCCGGAACAUCAAUGCACUCUUUACUGCACGGGUUAAUGCCUCAGGAUUGGAGUUCGAAGUUCUUGAGGAUGACAUUACAAAACCAUCGGUCGCGGCGAAUCCCUGCUAAGGAUAACUGCAUGAUUGCUACUCCUGAGGAAUCCGCUUAUCACCGAAACCGCAUCUUUUUUAAAUCGCUUUCCAGGUUGGUUUAGGGCUCUGUCCUCUCGAAUCUGGGUGAGAAAAUUGGCGGUUUCAAAAAUAUCCGGAUUCAUGUGAACGAGGCAACAAGUGGAUUAAGAAAAUCUGGCCCCAGUUGCUUAAAGGGUGGAUAGCGCUCUCCACUGGGUAAAUUACUAUCCACUGGAACUUAUUAAGCUUGACGGAAAAUUUUAUUGUUAAAGAACCAACAAUUUUCUCGGAUCACUCUCAACUUAUCUGUUGGCUGAAUAUUUCCCCAUCAAUUUCCCCUCAAACAAAUACUCCUCCGCAACCAAAAGCAUUUGAUCUUCCUAAACAAUUCAUCUGGAAUGAAACUUCAAGAGAACACUUUCUUAAUAUCUUAAAACAAGAUAAAUUCCUCUCACGAUUAAAUCUAUUUGAAAAUACUAAUUUUGCCAUGGACAGUGAAGGCAUUGAUUCUGCUACGGAACAUUUUACAAACAUUUUAAAUGAUAUGUGCGCCUGUUCUCUCAGAUUAGCUUGUACACAAAAGAAACCAAAAAGCAUAAAUUAUGGUUUGAUAAGGACUGUGCCCUUUUAAGGAAAAAAAAUUAAGGGGACUAUCUAACAAGAAACAUAAAAACCUUAUGAUGAAAGUCUCAGACACUACUAUCACAGCAUGCGUAAAAACUUUAAGAAAUUGGUUAAACACAAAAAAGCAAAAUUACUAGAUUCUCAAGUUGAGGACCUCAUACAAAACAAAGACAGUCAGAAAUUCUGGACUUACCUCAAAUCUUUAAAAGAAAAACAACGCUCCCCCUCUAACAAAAACGAUAUUCCAGCUGACAGUCUAUUUAGCCAUUUUAAACGCUUACAUUCGGUUUCAGACCCCCCUUCUUUUUAUACAGAUCCUGUUUCUUUAAAGGAAGACAUUUCCAGUUUAGAAGAAACGAAAAACAUUCACAACUACUUAGAUAGCCCUAUUUCAAUUAAUGAAAUAGAAACUACGGUCAAAUAACUUAAGUCAAGGAAAGCUCCGGGACCUGACAAAAUUCGUAAUGAAAUGUUGAAAGCCGGCGUACAAUUCUUGAAAACCGCACUCCAAAAAUUAUUUAACCUUAUACUCCAAAGUGGUUUUUACCCUAGCUCUUGGUGCGAAGGAAUAAUAACCCCUAUUUAUAAAUCUGGAAACAAGCAAGACCCGGGAAAUUAUAGAGGUAUACGUAUAAAUAGUUGUCUCGGAAAGCUUUUCACUUCAGUACUUAAUACCAGACUGAAAAAUUUUGUAAUCGAUCAAGACAUAUUGCAUGAAGCUCAAAUAGGUUUUUUACCGAAUCAUCGUACAACUGAUCACAUAUUUACCUUAAGAACACUAAUCGAUAAAUACGUCAAUCAAACUACAAAAGGAAAAUUAUAUACCUGCUUUAUUGACUUCAAAAACGCUUUUGAUUCGGUUUGGCAUGAUGGCUUAUUCUAUAAACUCCUUCGGUACAACAUUGGGGGAAAAUUUUAUGAUUUAAUAAAGCACCUUUAUUCAAAAACUAAAUGCUCCAUAAAGUUUUCCGAUUGUCAACGAACGGAAUUCUUUAACUAUUGCAAAGGGGUUAGACAAGGUUGUAUCCUUUCUCCUAUGCUUUUCAACCUAUAUCUAAAUGAAAUCCCUUUUUUACUUGACCGACAAGACACAGACCCUAUUAUUUUACCAAAUGGAACUCAUCUGAACUGUUUAUUUUAUGCAGAUGAUCUUGUUCUAAUUUCCCAUUCAGGCGAAGGACUUCAAAAAGCGCUUUCUGUGCUCGCUGAAUAUUGUAACAAAUGGUUGCUAUCUGUUAAUUCAAAGAAAACUAAAGUUCUGAUUUUUCAAAAGAAAUGUAGAAAAUCAGUCCUUAACAAAUAUUGUUUUCAGAUAAACAAUGACAAAAUAGAAAUUGUUAACAAUUAUACAUACCUCGGAAUCAAUUUAGCUACAAAUGGGAACUUCAAUGUGUGUAAAAUAAACUUAAAAGAAAAAACACGACGAUCGUUUUUUGCGAUACGACGCUACCUUGAUUUCUUGAAACUACCAACUGACAUAACCAAUAAACUCAUUAAUUCGCUUUUCCUCCCCAUUCUUUUAUAUGGAUCUGAAAUCUGGGGCAUAUAUACUAAAGAUGAUUUUAACGCCUGGGAAAAAGACAUAAUUGACAAAACGCAUAUAUAUUUUUGCAAACAGUCCUUAGGCGUAAAUAAACAAUGUCCAAACGUCGCUGCUAGAAAUGAACUCGGUAGAUUACCGCUGAAAUUAACUAUAGAUACCUCAAUUAUUAAAUUUUGGAUUCAUUUACAAAAUAUGCCAGAUAAAAACAUAGCAAAACAAUGUCUACAACUCUCCCAGGAAAUGGCCGAUAACAACCAGCCAGGUUUGAUGCAGAAAAUAAAAACUAUAUGUAGCAAAUACAACGCAACCGCCAUAACAUUGAAUGAAAACAACGAAAAAGUCUUCACCUCUUACAUCAAGCAAAACAUCAAUAAUGCUCUAACUGAGCAUCAACUUACCCUCCUUAAAACAAAUAGAAAAUUGAAUUUUUAUACUACCUUUAAGAACGAUAAUAAAAAAGCAGAAUUCUUAAAUAUGAUUAAAAACCCACUUCACAAAACAGCACUCAAUAAAUUUCGACUAGGAAAUCAUCGAUUACAUAUUGAAACAGGCAGACACACAGUACCUAAAACUCCCGAAAAUUUAAGAAUAUGUUAUCUAUGUCAGACAAAUGAAGUUGAAAAUGAACUUCAUUUUCUAUUCUUCUGCAAACUUUAUGACAAUUUACGUUUAAAAUUCUUCAGUGAAAUAUCUGAUAGAUAUACACUUUUCAAGGACUUAGAUGUGACUUCAAAACUUUUAUUUCUCUUUAAUAGUAUAGAUCCCUCUGUUUGUAGAUCAAUUGCUGCUUUUGUUUUUGAAUGUAUGCGUUACAGACAUGAUAUGUUAUUUCAGAAAAGAAUAUAAUCUUUUUAUUUUGCUAUAUAUUUAUAAAUGAUAUAUUUGUACUUUAUUCAUAAAUAUUAGAUAGGUAAUGCCAUGUAUAGAUAUGGAAAUACCUUAAUAAAUUGUUGUUGUUGUUGUUGUUGUUGUUGUUGUUGGAACUAUUUCGCAAUUGAUUUUCGUAAUACUUAUCCUUUGGAUCAUAUCUUUAUUUAAAAUUUGUAUCAGUAAUUCUAUAGAAGAGCAGACUGAUUCUUUUCCGAGCAGUUUAGUUUCCUUCAUGAAUAUUUUACCAAAGGAAAAGUUUCUAUCAGUUAGUUAUAGGAAAAAACGCAACAAAAAGCUAUGUGCAAACGGACGCAACAACUCUCACAAUUAUGUGGCCAACAAUGUUGGCAGUUGUUGCGUCCGUGAUGGCAGUGGUAUACAAACAGGUGCAACGACUCUCAAAAUUAUGUGGCCGACAAUGUUGGCAGUUGUUGCGUCCGUGAUGGCAGUGGUGUGCAAACACGUGCAUCAACUCUCAACAAUGUUGGGACUUGCAGUUCAUCAUGGGAAGGAUACAACUCAUAAGACGUUGUAAGCCAAGUAAUGCCCCUCUGUGGCCUAACAACUGUCAGAAGAGCUGUGGAAACGGAUCUGACAAAGUUGAGCUAUGCUUCGGCGAUCACAGAACAGAACAAAAGAAAUGUUAGGAGUUGUUGGCUCACUAGUUUGACCGGUUUGAAAUUUUGCGCUUCAACGCCCAACAACACGCAACACCAUGCAACAGGGUGUGCAACAUGUAACAUCCAACGAAAAAACAAUUGUUGGCUAACAAUGUUGCGUCAGUUCAUUGGCGGAUCCAGGGGAGGGACGCGGACCCCCCCGGCUCCCCCAUUUAAUUUAAGACCAAACUGAGGCCCGAAGGACCGAAAAUUUUUUUUUGAGGCCGGUUCGCCCUUAUCUCAGGGUCUGGAUGACCGGGCUCCCCCCUUACCUGAAGGUCCGGUAUCCGACACUGCAAUUUGCAUUGGGCUUAACGUCCAUAGUGGAUGUCCACUCGCGCAACCUUUACUUCCCCAAAAAUAAAUCUAGAGUUUUCCUGAGGCCCCCAACAAUUCAAUGAAGGAGGGUCUCUUUCUUACGAAUGAUAAAUUUUCUACUUUUUAAUUGACCAACUGUCUAUGUUAUUUAAAACAUCUAAUUCUUUCUUGCUGUUACGGAGGAUUGUUUGUUGGCCAGAACGUUUCCUUUUGUUAUUCUUUGAAAAGCCAAGCACUUUAAUUGGCUCCUCUACGUACCCGUGUGCGGUUUGGAAAUGAAUUGAUAUUUUUAUUUGCUCCCAGCUUGCUACAGCUGCUGGAAGGUUCAUUGAUUUUAUCGUAUUAUUUUUGUUUUAAUUGUACUUCUACAGGUGUAGACUAUUUGUAUACGUUCGUCAAAGAUCCACGAUGACUUGAAUUUAUUCUGACAAUAAUCGAAGGUUUCUGCAAUUUGGAGAUAUAACAGCACAAAUAGUAAGAGGCAAAGGAGAGUGAGAAGAAAUCAACGAAAGGUGCGACCUUGGCUAGGUGAGUCACAAAGCUAACUUUAUGUUUCAAGUAAAAAAUUUUCUACAUAUUUGCCAUCAGAAAGGCAAAUAUGUCAAGAAUAUUUUUAAACGUUUAUACCUCGAUCGAUGUUGAAACAGUUCUACGCAAAAUAAUGUCAAGUUCGAAGCGCAGUUUAACGAGCUACCUUGAGCUUUACCUAUGGGCGUAUGUUAUCUGCCCAUGGUUAUAAAACUAAUUGUAGAUUAUUUGGUUUUGUUUAGUUUACCUGGAAUUUUCAUUAAAAUGGAGGUAAAAAUUGGUGAUUGUUAAUAUUCAGAUUCCACCCAGAUUAAAAUACAGAAAAAUCUACGUUUCCAAAAUAGUCCUACGAAACUAACCCGAUAUAAUAACAACGAAGGACGAACAGCGUAUACAACUAAAAAAAUAAUAAUACCAGAUAUGAUAAAUAAUAGAUAAGGAAUAAAAAAUUAUAGAACAAAAUAAAAAUGUUGGGAGUUUUCUUUACCUUUAAAUUUUUACUGAGUAAUGAAAAAAAUUUACUUAGCCUGACGGUCAGUUUGGCUUGAACAAUAUCAUGUUAUUCUUGAUCUCUCGACUGUAUCAAAAGGAGACGUCAUAGAUAUAUAUAUAUUUUUUACUGCUAACACUAUUUUCCGAACUGAGCUUAUCAUAAACCUUUUGAAUUUUUGAUACGUGAGAGCUACCGCGGUUCGUAUGUCGCUCGAGGCUGGUGAGAAAAUUAGCAGUUUCCUAAAAAAUAAUGAAGCAAUGUAUUGGAUGUAACUUUUUGUAUUUUCUUGCUUUAUUUGACAACAAAAAAGUUGUUAAGUUGAGAUCUCUCACAAAGAGGGUCAAUUUCGAUAAAUAUCAAGUUAGAAAAAAACAAGGGAAUUGCGGCAUAAAUCUAUCACUGGCUUAUAAUUGAUUUAUUAAUCCUGAAAAACGAAAAAAAUCACCUUAAUUUCUUUGUAUAAAGAUCUGAACUACUGAAAGAGAAAAAUUAGUAAUGUCUGUAACAUAUCUAUUUCCCCUAGCUUGGCAUAAAAAAGCUAGAAUUUUCAACAAUUAUCAUCUGUCAUAUUCUUUUCUGUUUCCUUGUUUUAAGUGUGUAAACACUGAUCAAUUAUUCAUGCAUUACAAUUUUAAAAGAGAAAAUAACUAAAACCUACCGAACAAGGAAAGAACUAGAAAAGAUUUACUCUGAGCAUUAUCUUUGUUGGGUUUGUUUAGAAUCAGUCCUGCUCACGUGAUCACAAGUUGCUUCCGGUUUAAAAGGCCGUUAAAAACUGAAAGUCGACGAAACAAUUCGAGAUGGUUAAUUGCAAGCUUAAGACUAUACCAUGCUUUGAAACGGCAGAUCUUAGAAUAUAGUCCUUGGUAUGUAAAAUUAUCCGCGUAUCUAACGGAUCAAGGAUUGUGAACUUUCAGCAAUGUUCCUGGAACAAUAAAUUAAGGAAAAUUUUUCAGUCACCUCUAACUAGGGACUAAUAGAUUUACUUAAAUAAAGUAAUUAACAAGCUAACAUAGCAAAUUUAAGAUUUUAAUUUUCUUGAGAGACGCUCCUGAAACUGAACAUACUAAGGCUCAAAGUUAUACGGAUUUAUAAUUAUUUUUUUAAAAAUUAUGAAGUGUGAAUUAAGAUCUACCCGAUUUGAGGUUGUGUUAGCUUGUCAGAAACUAUGUCCCAAAACUAAUUAAAUAGGAACUUUGUGGCUCAUUGUCAGACUAAACAGAGGUGACGUUUUCUGUUUCUCCACAUCCAUGGCCACACGUAAUUAUACAUUUCCCUUCAAUUACAAAAUUGGCGGAUUUCCUUUUAGCUUUUACGCAUUCAGUCUUAGAGCCGAAUUAACGCCGCCUUUGAGUGAAAAAGAAAAGACUUUAAUGAACACGAAAAAGAAAUAAAUGAAGCAUUGCUUUUUUUGUUUGCAAAAAAGUGUUGGGAAAUCGUUGAUGUUUUGCUAAAUGGAAAGAAAACGUCGUCAGGAAAUCAAAAGCUAAAAAGCCUUUUAGCUACUGAUAAUCAACAAAUUUCCUAAAUUAAAUUAAAGUUGGCAGAAGACCGGUAUUUAAGCUCUGAUUUACCUAUAGUCGUCCUUUUAAGUAAUUCCCUCCGAUCCCCAAAUAUUUUACCUUCGUGUUUCUAUAGCAAAGUUGUACAGUGGCCUUGGCAAUUAAGUCCUCUCAGAUGAUCACAUGUAAAAAAUUGCCUGCAGAUUCGGAAGUCGACUGAGCUACAUUUCAAGAACCAGAUCAACUACAUUUAACUAAGCAUCAACGCGAACCAUUGUAAAUUAUAUCAGGUAGGGGGCUAGAUUUCCUUGGGAUUAACUUCAAAUCGCACUUGCGACAUGGACACUGUUGUAUUACAGAUACAACUAAGAAGUUAAAAAUGCCACAAAUUGAUUCUUUGGCUCUUGUAAGUUUUCCUCGCAAGCUAAAAGAUUGACCAGGCUAAUCAAUUCUUGAACGGAAGUAUUAUACUUGAAAUCAUAUAUACAAAAUUCCGGAUGAUAAUUGCACAGGUUUUAAAUCAGUUUCAAGUUUAUUUGUUAUAUAUAACAACUGUUUACAAUCAAUCCGUCUGACCUGCAGAUUGCUAAACUAAUCGAGGCCGUCCAGUGUCACAAGUUCUAAAUAUUACACUGACAGAUCUCCGAAAAAAAAGAGUUUGAAAAAAAAAGAGAUUAACAAAGUAACAGUUUUGUAAAACAGAGAGCAAUGGAGAGAAACGUAUAAGUAAUAUGGUCCAUCAAAUCAAAAAAGGAAAACUAAUAAGUUAAUACAUUGUGGCUGAAAAGCCCAGAUUGGGAGUUACAAUAAACGUAUGUAUGUAUGUAUUUAGAAUAAGUAGUCAUCAACUUAGAAUUGAAACAGGUAGAUACGAAAACAUUCCUCGCAAUGAAAGGAUAUGUCACUUUUGUACAAGUAAGAAAAUCGAAAAUGAAAAUCAUUUCUUACUAGAUUGUAAGGCUUAUUCUCAGAUCAGAGACAUAUUUUUCUCGAAACUAGAAACUAAUAUACCUGACUUCAAAUCACUUUCACACGAUACUUUAAUAUCUCUUCUUAUGAAUUCUUCUGAUUAUUUAAUUAACUGUCAAUUAGUUUCAUUUAUCUCGCAAUGCUUUGAAUUAAGGACCAAAUUAAUAUCAAUGAAUGAAUGAAUGAGAACUGUCACGUUUUGUAAUGUUUUGCACGUACUAAUUAGUUGAAUUAGUACUUAAAUUUAGAUUAAUAGCUUUUGCAAUACUGUAAUUCCUUUAUGGUCAUGCAAAUAAAGCUUUUGGUGUUGUUGUUGUAUGUAUGUAAUAAAAGGACAGAAAAAUGAAAUAAUCAUGAUCUGAUAGGUACCUAGAUAUAUGUAUAUAUAUAGAGAGAACAGAUAUAAGUUAAUAUUUUUCGAAUUGGCCAUCUUAAUCAAUCAUGUCACGAUAUACCAUAAUUUCAACUGCUACAACAAAGCUAGCCAAGGGCUUUUCUUGUAAAUAGUAAAUGGCGGUUUAGUCAGAGAUAAAAAGCUGAAGAAAAUAGAUAGAUAACUAUAGGUAUGUUCAGCUAUGUUAGUUAUGUUAACAGCUGUGUUCUGUUAACAGCCCUGUUGAGGUCACCAAUGUAAUACCGUAAAAUUCCGAAAAUAAGCCCCGGGGCUUACAUUUUUCAAACUUUAAGACCUCUUUUGAGGGGCUUAUUUUUGGAAGGGCUCAUCUGCGGAGGGAAACUUGUGUUUCAAAAUCGAUUGGGCUAGCCUUAUAGUUGGAAGUAAAUUCACCGUUUGUGCUCUGUUUUACUUUGUAUAUUUUGGACGGGCGAUUUAACGGAGGGUUUUUUGUGUUACCGGUUUGGGGGGGGCUUAUAUUUGGAGGGGCUUAUUUUCGAAAUUUUACGGUAGUUGGCGCCAGAUGUCAAAAGGGGCCACAAAUGUUAUAAAGAAUUUGUGCCGAUUGUAAUAACAAGUCACAAUUGUAAUUUUAAGGGGAAGGACACAAAGGUAAUAAGACCGGAGUAGUAAGUGAACAAGAGGGGUAAAGCACCACAAAUAACCAGUGGAUGUGAGGCUGUCCAAGUAUUUUAUUAUUUAUUUAUUGUUUACCUUUUAAUUCUCUUCUUACAGUGCAAUGGACAUCAUAACACUGAUAAUAUUAGCUAUUGUCGGCGGUGUUAUGAUAGCCACUGUAGCAGCGUCGGGUAUUUACUACUCAUACCGAUCAAAGAAAGAUCGUGAAAAGGAAAAAGUGGCUGCUAAAAUUACCAGUACUCCUGCAAGACGGACCGCACGUGUUGAGAAGGAAUCGUACGUUGUUUAUCAAGAUGAGUCUUUGGUGGAUUUUGAUAGCGUUCCAGUUCAGCCUGAGACAAGGAGACCAAUCAGGUAUGCCCGCAAAAUGCCGGCAACGUUUGAAACGUUUUAAUUUAAAAAAAAAAACGGUGUUCGCUUAAGGUAUCUUAAAAUUACGGCAACUCGUAAUAUUAUUUUUAAAAAAAUUGGCCAAUUAUCGCUCGUUCCAGAACAAUGUAAAAAGCCUCCUUACUCCUGAUGUAGGAAACAACAGAGAGUUUUAGAAACACAAUUACGGCAAACAGUAAACGUCAGUUUGUACCACGUGACCAAGUUAUCCCGUUACUUGUCGUAAAUUAUAUCCACUCAGAGAUCAAAGGUUUCAUUCCAGUUUCUUCUUUAUCUCUUUAUAAAGGAGCAAGGGUUGCACAGUGGAGAGCGCUCACUUCCCACCAUGCAAUGUGGCCCGGGUUCAGUUCCCGGGGUCAACGCCAUAUGUGGGUUGAGUUUUUUGUUGGUUCUCUCCCUUGCUCCGAGAGGUUUUUCCUUUUGUACUUCGGGUUUCCCCUCUCCUCAUAAAACCAACAUUUCCAAAUCAGUUCCAAUUCGACCAGAAGUCAGUUAAACAAAGAACCAGUUAAAGUGCGACUGGGAAAACCGCGAACACUUGAAAUAUCUCAGGGAUGUUUAUUGUGUUAGGACCAAUCACAGAAAAGAUCAAGACACGUGAACUGGCCACAAAACUACAAAAUAAUUAACGAUCUUGAUUGCGGUUUAGUUUUCUCGCGCCUGAUUGGCUUUUUUCUUGGAACACAAUAACAUUCCAGAAAUAUUUCUGGUGAUCACGGUUUUCCCGGUUUGACUGUAAUGGCUGUGCUACCUCUAAAUCGCUAUUCAUUUAUUUUAUCUAUCUCCUUCUCAAGUAGGUUUAAGGCCUGGGGCUAAUUAACAAUUAAUCUACGAGUGCGCGUUGGAUAUGACAUGGUAGGGAGGCCAACGAGGCGCGUAGCGCCGAGUUGGCUAUAAUCAUCUCAUAUCUAACAAGCGCGAGUGGAAAAAUUGUUUUACUAAAAACGCCCAGCUUGUUUUCAAUUUUGAGCAGACGCGUACAGUUACCAUAUUUGGAGAGCAUGGUAUGAUGGCUCAUUUACCAUGAUGGCUAAGCCAAUCAGAGCUCUAGACUUGCAUUAUCCAAUGAUUCAGUUUUUGAUAAUAGGUAUUACAUAUAUUGCUUCGGCAAAGAGAAUAGAACCGAAUCGAAAUUUGGUACAGAGAAAGCCACCUUAGAGCCCUUAACAUUCUAAAGUAAAACUAUCGCCUCUGUAAGUCACGUGAUAACCCAUGUGACCAUUUUGCUAACUGACAAUUGGUGACGGUUUUAAGAAAAUAAUAUUUUUCCGAUUCAUAUUAAACUUUUCAACGCUUCACGUUUGGAUUGACUGUCCAUCUCACUUCAAUAGCAAAUUAUGAGGGCAAUACGUUUUUCCUCCAUCGGAAAUGCCAAUCCAAAGGAAAUUCGCCACCAUCAAAUUGCUGAAUUCCUUCCAUUUUAAAUUUCUGUCCACAUGACAUGUCCCGUAACCAUAAAUGUGCGAUAAGGCACCAGAAGGGUUGUUCGAGAAAUUGUCGACUUGACUCGUUUGCCGUAACUCUGUUUCUACAAAGUAAAAUACCGUAAAAUUCCGAAAAUAAGCCCCUGGGCUUAUAUUUUUCAAAGGCCCUUUUUGAGGGGCUUAUUUUUGGAGGGGCUUAUAUUCGGAGGGGCUUAUCUACGGAGGGAAAUUUGCGUUUCAAAAUCGAUUGGGCUAGACUUAAAGUUGGAAGUAAAUUUACCAAUUUUGCUUUGUUUUACUUUGUAUUUGAAAACAAUUUUCCAAGUACAAGCCCCCGGAGGGCUUAUAUUUGGAGAGGCGAUUUAACGGAGGGUUUUUUGCGUUACCGGUUUGGGCGGCUUAUUUUUGGAGGGGCUUAUACAUGGAAGGGCUUAUUUUCGGAAUUUUACGGUAGUGGAAAUCUUCUGAUUGGUCAAGUACCGUUCUUCCCCAGGUCUCCAGAUGAUGUGUAUCCUCCAGUAAGAGAAGAAGAGCAGGAUGAUUAUCUACUGAGCAACUUGGAUAUGGAUAUCAGUACCUCGGUUAUUCCGCCGGUGAGUCACGCGUAUUACCAUCUAAGUCGGAGCAGAAACCCAUAAGGGGUUGAAGUUUCUGGUCGGAGUGAAUGUCACAUUUAAAGACUAAAGAAACAACAACAUUAAUUUUUGCUCUACAUUAUCCUUCUCACGUAAACGUUCCCAGGCUUCGUCACGCGUUCAUUCCUUCCUUCUAGUGAAUUUUUUGCUGAAGGACUUAUCGGACUCGCUUCUCCUUCGUUUCUAGGACGAUGCAAUUGAGAGGAAAGGAUGCCUGGAAUUCACGCUGCAUUAUUAUCAAUUAAGGUGGGUCAAUUAAUUCAUUUUCCAUAGU